AUGUCAAGAGAAUGCAAAGGUUGCCAAGGAUAUGAAAAGAGAAAAUCAAAGAGAAGGAAUGCAAAGGUUAGGAUGCAAGGAUAUGAAAAGAGAAAAUCAAAGAAGAAUGAAAAUGGCAAAGGUGCAAAGGAUAUGAAAGAGAAAAAUCAAAGAGGAAUGCCAAAGGUGCAAAAGGAUAUGAAAGUGAAAAUGCAAAAGAGAAUGCAAAAGGUGGCCAAAGAUUAUGAAAAAAAAAAAGGAGGGGAAAAAUGCGCAAAGGUCCUCGCCAAGGAAUAUGAAAGAGAAAAAGCAAAGAGAAGAAUGCCAAAGGGGUGCAAGGAUAGAAAGAGAAAAAGCAAAGAGAGGAAUGCAAACAAAUGGGUGCAAGGAUAUGAAAGAGAAAAGCAAGAGAAGAAUGCAAAGGUGCCAAAGGAUAUGAAAGAGAAAAUCAAAGAGGAUGCAAAAGGUGACAAAGGAAUGAAAAGAAAAGCAAAGGAGGAGAAUGCAAAGGUGCAAGAAUAA